UAGCUCAGGGAGCACACACAAAGAGGCAGUGUGUGUGAGCCGUGGUACGUCAGUGUCUGCGGCUCGGAGCUGCUGCUGGUCGGGGCGAGCAGCAACGUCACUCCCUGACGGCGGAGCAGCGCGAGCGGCCAGCGCGAGGCGAGCAGCAGCGACUCGCCCGCCCCGGAGCGGACACGGAAAGACGGCUGUGUGGGACACGCUUCCUGCACGGUGACUUGCUCCUUCUUUGGCUCAGCGUCUGAGUAAAACCCACGACUUCAAGGCUUGAACAAACCCAAAGAUGGUGACUACCAGCAUGGCAUCCCUCACACGGACAUUAGUGGCUGUGGACAAGGAGAGCAGAUGCUUGCAUUGAAGCCUACGUCUGUUGCAUGUUUUUGGCAGAGGAGCACCCUGGAGAGGAGGUAGUAACAGGUGCCGUGUGCCAAGGUGAUUUUGGAGGUGUGGAUGAGAGCUGAAGAUCAUGGGAAAAUCAAACAGCAAACUCAAACCGGAGGUGGUAGAGGAGCUGACAAGGAAAACCUACUUCACAGAGAAAGAGGUGCAGCAGUGGUACAAAGGCUUCAUUAAAGAUUGUCCAAGUGGGCAGCUAGAUGCUGUGGGCUUCCAAAAGAUAUACAAACAGUUCUUUCCUUUCGGAGAUCCUACCAAGUUUGCUUCAUUCGUCUUUAAUGUAUUCGAUGAAAAUAAGGAAUUUAUAAAGAUGAAGAACACUGACGACAAAAUCAUCUCUGAUGGACGUAUAGAGUUUUCAGAGUUCAUCCAGGCCUUGUCAGUGACCUCUCGCGGGACUCUGGAUGAGAAGCUCAGAUGGGCUUUUAAGCUGUACGAUCUUGACAAUGAUGGCUACAUAACUCGUGAUGAAAUGUUAAACAUUGUAGACGCAAUAUAUCAGAUGGUGGGGAACACCGUGGAACUGCCAGAGGAGGAAAACACUCCAGAAAAGAGAGUGGACCGUAUUUUUGCUAUGAUGGACAAGAAUGCAGACGGGAAGCUGACUCUGCAGGAGUUUCAGGAAGGUUCCAAGGCUGACCCCUCUAUUGUUCAAGCGCUGUCGCUCUAUGAUGGACUUGUGUAGCAAUGUAAGAUGGGUCCAGCUCAGCAUCCUCCUGCCCGUUAGACGCCAACGCAGCACCAUCACAUCCGUAACAGGAGGAGGCAUCAUUUAACCUGAUCACCCAGAAGAGGACUACAUCUAUGAAGUCCAGAUGUGUCAAGUAGCUGCUCAUCUACAUUUCUAUUAAGGAUAGUUGGGGGGAAAAAAAACAGCAUCUCUGAUGUUACAUUAAAUUUAAACGUGCCAGUAAGAACCCCCCCCCACAUCAUCUGUCAGUGCUUCUACAGCUGUGUAGCACCGUGCACACUCCUGAGUGUUGUGGAAAAUAUCUGAACAGCUCUGCAAGCGCAACCUUGGACUCCUCCCAUGGACAAUCUGAGGAACAGAAUUCCUGCUACGGCGUUGGCGUGCAUCUUGUCCACAUGCAUCGGAUGGGCCUGAAGCGCUCGGAGCAACUGUGCUUCAUCACUAUUAUGGAGAGACUUAAGAUCUCAGCCUGGAUCAGUGUGUAACUGUGUGACGACAUGAACAAUAGCUUGAAGUUACAAAGCAGCAUCCUGUACAUUACAUAAUGUAAAUACGACGGUAAUUUAUUUUCUGCUUUGCUGCGUUUAUGAGGAUUUCCUCAUAAAUCUGGAAUGAAGUUUUAUUUUUAUCAAACGCGUUGAAAUGUUUUGCACUGUAUUUUUCAUUCCUAUUAUUAUUAAUGUUGGAUAGUUUCUUUCUCACAACCAGUUUUGUUCAAAAACGAAUGUUUAAGUAGCACGUUUUUCCAGAGAUUAUUUUUCUCUCCUUUGCCAUUCUGGGCUCCCUGUUGUGUUUUUUUCCCUCUCCCCUGUUAGCAUGUUUGUUGGCUGUUGCACAAUUAUAUCCUGAAUGACACGUCCGAGCAACACAGCAAAUUCUUACAGCUUUACAUUUGAGUCAGGGCUUUUAGUAUUUCUUUUGAGAGUGUCACCCUCCACCCUCAGAACAAAACCCUGGUUACUGAGAGGCACAAGUCAUCAGUUGUGGCUGUAAAACUUUUGCGAGCUCAGUUGUUGCAAUUGUCUGCUUGAUCCAGUAUUUGUCCAGUGUGAGACCAGAGCAUGUAACGAUGCCUUUUUUUCAUACGUAGAUGAUUUAUUUUUGUGCAUUUAGAUGUUUUAUCAGCUUCCUUUCUGUUUUACGCCUUAUGCAAGGUAUGAUUUACUAAAUUAUCCAUGUCAUUUAUCAGUUUAGUAUAAGAGCACAGAAUAAAAUGCAUUUAAAUGGCUAAUUAUUCUGUAACUGUAUUUUAGUCUCAUGAAUAGAAAUGUUUUUUUUAAUUACAGUAUUUUGAAUCAUUUGAAGAAGCUGCUUUGUAGAACGAUUGUCGUUCAGAUGUUUGUAGAAUUUUCAAUUCCCCUGUUGAAAAUCUCACCUUGAGUAAAAAACCUCAGAUUGCACAGGUUGUUGUUGAAAUAGGAUCUGUUUCAGGUCCUUGAUUGCACCGCGGUGCUGCACUAAAAGAGAAAGGAGCCUUGUGCCUGGAAUUCUUUGCAAAACAGAAUCUAACUCAGUCUGUGGUGCAAAGCCUGCACAGCACGGCUGAGUAAUGAACAAUGAACUGUACAAAAACUGUGAUGUGUUGCCAUUAAUGAGUGAGGUAAUGAGUUUGCAGGGCUUACAGCAUGUCCUCAAAGUUUUUAUUUUAUUCUCAUUGAGCACAGAUGGAAGUGAUAACAGACGUGGGGGACUUGUCUUUGACCGGAGACUGUUGUGUCCUUUACAUUCUUGAUUUUUUUUUUUUUUUUUUGUAUCUGCAGCAUGUGUCAUAAAAAGUGCAGUAAAAACACAAGUGUACUUCGAAGUCA